AUGCAGCUCCCGAGGCCGUCGUUCAACCCCGGGCGGACGAAAAACCUCAUCCAUGGCCUUCAGGCCUUCAUAAUCUUCCUGGCGUGGGCCCUGACCAUCGCCGUCUUCACGAGGGGCGAUGGUAUUGAUGGGCGCUCGGCCUGGUACUGGGCUCUGUGCUGGUUCAGUGUCCCCGGUUUGAUCUACCUCGUGGCCGUGCCGAUGUGGCCGCGCGCACGACGCUUCGGAAACGUUUACGCCUUCGCGACCAUCGACUGUCUGUACGCCAUCCUGUGGUUCACGGCGUGGGUUUGCGUGGCCAGCUAUGUGGCCGAGGGAAAGAGCAAGGGUAAGAGCUCGAGCACCACCUCUAGCUCCAGCACCAGCACCUCCACCAGCAAGUCCAGCAGGAGCACUUCCACCAGCACCAGCAAGAGUGGGUGCGAUAACUGGGCCUACGGAGACGCCAGUAAAUGCAAGAUCAGCACGGCGACGGUGAUCAUGGGCGUGGUUAUCUUUCUGCUCUUCAUCGUAACCGCCUUCAUGUCCUUCCGCAAUGUGGCGCACUUCCGCCGCACCGGCACCCUGCCCGAUGCGGUCUCGGAUCCCACGUUCGCGGCGCAGUCGAAGGCGGCGUUCUCCUCGAAUCCGGCGCACGACUUUGAGGAGGAGGAAGAUGACUUCCGGUCGCGGGCCGGAAUCGGGACCUCGGUGCGCGGCGACCGCGACGAGGACUACGCUCUGCUGCAGCAGAGCGAGGUGGACGAGUUCGGGAACUCGCAUGCUGCGCGGUCUGCGCUGUCGGGGGCAUACGACCCGACAGUGUCCGCAGGGGCGAGUGUGCUGCACGACUACAGCACCAGCUACGGCGGCGCCCACGGGCAACACUACGGCACGCCGUCGGAAUUCGGGACGAAUGUGAGUGGCUACGGGCGCUGA